AUGUCCUUCUAUGAUGUUGAAGCACAGUCUAGUGCUAAAAAGAGCCAGUCCCAUUUUGCUGGCGACGAAAGAAUAGGUAAGUUAAUUACUUCAUUCACUGAUAAUUUAAAAACUUUUGAAAGGGAGUUCAAGAAGUUCAAUAAACUACGAACGGUACAGACCAAGACUGCGAUCGAAAACGAGCUGAUUCCCACGUGUUCGACGUUGCGUGAUGAAAUAUUACAAUUGAAUAUUUCCAACGACCACAAAUUAUACGGUGAUUUCACAAUACUUAACAAUAUAUUCCUAAAUCUAAUAAAAAACUAUAAUUUCAUAAAAGAACGUCCCAUAGAAAACGAAAGUAGUUAUAUAACGAUUCAGGUAAACGAGAGCGAGCAGACUCCAUUACUUUCUCAACAACAAUCACAAGUACAAGAGCAAGAAGAGCCUGUCCUUCAAGAAGAACUAGACUUCCAAACAAUUAUUCAACAAGAGAGAAACGAGCAAGCCAAAAACAUUCAUAGUGCAGUUAAUGAGGUUAACGCAAUUUUCAAACAAUUGGGGACGUUAGUUACUGAACAAGGUGUACAAAUCAAUACAAUCGACGAUAACAUCAACCAAUUUAGUGACAAUGCCAUGAAUGCAAAUAAACAACUGAAUAAAGCCAACGAACAUCAAAAGAGUAAAAACAAAUGCGGAACCGUAACAUUGAUAAUCAUAGUUAUUGUUACACUGGUUGUGCUAUUAGCUGUAUUGAGUUAG